AUGGCUGUGGAUAUUAAUUCGUGGAAAUGUAGACUUCAAGCUCUGAUCCAGGAAAAGCAGCCCCAGGCCAGAUGGAGCCUGGAAUGGGGUGAGAAUAUCCAACCAGACCAUCUGCAGCGAAGGUGGAAACAGUACCAACAGAGAGCGUUUGGCUGGUUCAAGUGUUCCUCAUGCGGACGAAGCUGGGCUUCUGCUCAAGUGAAUGUCCUGUGUCAUAUGUAUCUGAAAAGCCUGAACUCCCAGGGCCUCGUGCGUAUGCGGUGUUUUGGUCAGAAGUGCCAGAAUUGUUCUUGUUCUCCAUUUGAGAAGCCUAAUUUCUCUCCAGAAUCCACCAGUAGUAUUCUACAAAACCUGGCUGAUCGUAUUCUGGAAAAAUUCUAUGGAGAUGGCAGCAGGAAGGCCUCAGAGAUGCCAGUGAAGGCGGAGGUGCAUUUGAAAGGUUCCCAUGACAUGGACAAUUGUGAGGCAUGCAGUCUGGGCUUCUGUGUACACAGCUUAGAAGAAGACAUCAGUUCAGAGUCAGCUUACAGCCAAUCCUCCUACAUGGAGAUGGGGAUUACAUACGUGGAAGAUGUCUUUCCAAAUUUCUCCUUAAGAGACAACCUGCUACAAGGUAUACAGUUAACUGACAACUUCAACCUGUAG